AUGACUACGCAUGAGCAUUUAACACUUUUGCAAAAAGAGGUUGUCGAUAUAAUGUUGGCCCAAUAUAAUGCUCUGAAUAAAGCUUUUAAUUAUCCAAAUAUAGUCUUUUUGUUUUUGGAAUAUUAUAACACAAACUUGCAGGCAUAUUUAGACCAUGAGAAUGUUGAAUGACAGGAAUUAAAAGUAGAUUUUUAUCACGCUUAUAACACUUAUAGUAAAAAUGAAUUUAAAAACACUAUGAUUAUCAAAGAUUGUAUAAACAAAAAAAGCAUUGGGCUAAAUGCUACGUUUUAA